AGAAAAACCUGUCUGACAAAGCACACACACUUUUUUCCCUGACUCCGUCCAAUUUAAAACUCGCAUCGAUCGUCGUAUUUUGCAUUCCCGCCGCCCCUUCUCUCCCUUCCACCACCAUUUUUCUCUCUCCGGGAGGCUUUCCCAGUAAGCAAAAACGCUUCUUUUUUGGGGUCCUUGAGAAGAGUACAUUCAAGAAUCAAAAAGCCCAUUCCUUUAUCCACAACCGUUUCGAGCUCUGCUUCUUUCGUUUCUGUGGAAAUGGCUGUGCCGAAGAGCAGCGGCAAGAAGAAGCGGCAGUCCUACAUUUCAGUGGCGUCUGACAUAGUCAACUCGCCACUCCAAGCUCUGGUGCUUCUUUCCCCGAAGAAGCAGAAGAGCCCCUCUGUUUCCGCGAGGCUCAGGCGCUUGCUCAGCGGUCUCAGGUUCUGGGUUUGCUUUAUCUUCCUCUUCGGGUUUCUUGGGACGUUGAGGCUGUGGCCCAGCUUUGAGCCCUUGGUGCCUUUCUCGCCAAUCCCAUGUUUCAGCCUUCAAGAGAAGGCUUCGGUUUCCAAUGGGUAUUUGGGUUUGGGAGGGGAAGAUAAUAAGAGUGGGUUCUGGAAGCAGCCGGAUGGGUUGGGGUAUAGGCCGUGUUUGGAUUUCAGUGAGGAGUAUAAGCAGGUUAGCUCGGCGGGUGUGAAGGAUAGGACUAAGUAUUUGGUGGUGGUGGUGGCUGGGGGAUUGAAUCAGCAGAGGAAUCAGAUUGUGGAUGCUGUGGUGAUUGCAAGGAUUCUUGGAGCUGCCCUUGUUGUUCCCAUCUUGCAAGUCAAUGUCAUUUGGGGUGAUGAAAGUGAAUUCUCGGAUAUUUUUGACUUGGAUCACUUCAAGAAAGUUUUGGCAGAUGAUGUUAGAAUCAUUUCUUCACUUCCAUCCACACACGUAAUGACAAGGCCAGUCGAGGAGAAGCGUACUCCUCUCCAUGCCUCACCUCAAUGGAUUCGCUCCCAUUAUUCAAAACGGCUGAGGAGGGAUGGUGUUCUGUUACUGCGAGGUUUGGAUUCGAGGCUCUCUAAGGAUCUUCCUUCUGAUCUUCAAAAACUUCGAUGCAAGGUGGCUUUUCAUGCGUUGAGGUUUGCCCCAUCAAUCUUAGAACUCGGGGACAAGCUUACAGAGAGGAUGAGGAGCAAAGGGCCAUAUCUUGCUCUUCACAUUAGGAUGGAGAAGGAUGUGUGGGUGAGAACGGGGUGUCUUCCUGGUUUGAGCCGUGAGUAUGAUGAGAUGAUUAGCAAUGAGAGAAAGCGGAGACCCGAGCUUUUAACUUCGAGAUCAAACAUGAGCUACCACGAGAGAAAGCUUGCGGGUCUUUGCCCUUUAAAUGCAUUUGAGGUUUCUCGGUUGCUUAAAGCUUUGGGCGCUCCAAGGACCGCGAGGAUCUAUUGGGCGGGAGGGAUUCCUUUGGGUGGGAAAGAGGCGUUGUUGCCAUUGACAACCGAAUUCCCGCAUUUCUACAACAAGGAAGACCUUGCCUUGGCAGGCGAGCUCGAGCCAUUUGCGAAGAAGGCAUCCCUUAUGGCUGCUAUCGACUACAUAGUUUCCGAGAAGAGCGAUGUGUUCAUGCCAUCUCAUGGCGGGAACAUGGGCCAUGCUAUUCAGGGGCAUAGGGCAUAUGCAGGCCACAAAAAGACUAUCACACCAAACAAAAGACAGAUGCUCCCACACUUCAUGAACCAUUCCCUCUCGGACCCAGAGUUCAACGCGAUCAUAUUGGACUUGCACCGAGAUUCCUUUGGUCAGCCCGAGCUCAGGAAAGCGGGGAGGGACGUGACAAAGUACCCCGCCCUGGAGUGCAUGUGCAACGGUACCUCCCAACAAAGCGACCUGAUGCAAUAAAGUCCUGUCUUCAUUGUUUUCGGGCUUCAAUGCUCUUGAAACUACGGUAUCUAUCUAUAUAAACUUCGAGCCAGUGUUUUCUCGGGAUGAUUCUGGAGGCAGAUGCGAUGAUCCUGCUUGUGUUAUCGCGGGUCAGGUUCCUAAAAAUGCAAUGAACUUGGCAAAGAUGGUUAUCUGGUGCAGAGUAACAGCUGAAAGUAUAUAGAGUUAAGAGCUUAUUUUCUUCUCCUUUUGUAUAUGAGAAAUUUCUUGGAGGCUGGAAGAGGAAGGCAAUAUUGAUGAUUGUUGAUUUUGGCAUACUACACAUGUAUAACAGAUAAUAUAUAUAUGUAUGUAAAUAUAUCAAUGAAGGAUACAAAGUUAUGAAGUCUACAUUCUCUUAUUCUAUUUACGUAUUGCGUUGAUAUUCGUA